UCCAACAUGUAUGCUCGUCUGUUUGUUGUGGUCUUUCUUUCUGUAUGGCAAGUUGAUGCGGAGUACCACACUUUCCAGUGGCAAAGCUGCACUACUGAUACAGUUCACCAGGCACUAAAGGUUCACUCUGUGGCUGUGAAUCCUACACCAGUCCUGACCCCCGGGCCACUCCACAUUUCCUUCACAGCUUCUGUUCUCAAACAAAUAGAAGCAGGAGCAGCAAUCCAGUUCGAUAUUACCCGCCACACCGCUCUAGGAGCUGAUGUACAUAUUCCUUGCGUAGGGGAUCUGGGAAGCUGCAUCCUUGAUGGCUGUUCUGUCAUUGACAAUAUGCUCAAUGGAACCCGACAAGGACAGCGAGACCUGGGCCUGCAGAUUAAGAAGAUGUUCGAAUCCGUGGGGGUAUUCACUCACUGCCCUAUCGCCGUUCAGAACAUAACCAUCUCUAAUUAUAAAAUCGACAUCGCCGAAUUGGACCCUGCUCUUAAUUUCAUUGCUGAUGGUGACUAUACCAUAAAAGCAACAGUUUUACAUCCAAGCACAGGAAUUCAACUUGGCUGCUUUCAAUUCAAUAUCACAUUGAAAAGAAAGUCAACAGGUGGUGGCUGGUUGCUGGGGAGAAAACGCCGAAGCUACAAGAAUGCUCAAUGAUCUAUGUGCCGUUUAAUUGACCUCUGU